CCACAAAGCCGGCGACAAGUGCAGCCUGCAUUUGCUCCUGGGUAACCUGCACCGACUUAGAGAUCGUUUUUCAGAACUCCAACAUCGAUUCUGGGUGCGGGCAAGCAUUGGUUGAUCAGCUCCUCGCUUGCGGUGGCCACUGCACACUGCACACUGCAAAAGGGCUAGAGCAGGGCGCAACACGCCGCCGCCGCGGGCGUAGACCACCAUGCGUCCCUGCACCGACGACGAGUUAAGGGCCCUCCUCGAGAAGCUCAUGAAGUUCAUCGGGAAGAACGUCGAGCUAUUAUUACACAAGGCCGAGGAGCCGCACUGCUUUCGCGUGCACAAAGGGAGGAUAUACUACGUGAGCGAGAAGCUCAUGCGCAUGGCGACGAACUUCAAGGGGAGCGAUUUACUAGCCAUGGGCACGUGCUUCGCGAAGAUCACGCACAGCGGCAAGAUCCACCUGCAAAUUACCUGCGUCGAUCAUUUGGCCAAACAUGCUUUGCACAAGGUAUGGCUCAAGGCGAGCGCGGAGAACUCGUUCCUGUACGGCAACCACGUCACGAAGCAGGGGCUGGGUCGCAUCACGGACGCGGCGCCGCAGCACGGCGGCGUCGUCGUCUUCAACUUGCAGGACGUGCCGCUCGGGUUUGGAAUAUUGGCGCAGCCGACGGCCGCGUGCAAGGACCUCGACCCGACGGCGUCGGUGGUCCUGCACCAGGCGGACGUCGGCGAGUACCUGCGGCUCGAGAGCACGCUGUUCUAAGUAUGUUUGAUCGU